AAAAAAUAAAAUUUAGUAUGACAAAAUUGAGAGAUAGAUUUUGUUUUUUGUUUGGAUACAAAGCCUCGUUAAAGUCUUGAAAUUGGCGCCUGGGAAAUCCUCCGGUGUCGCUAGGGUUUUAGCGUUAAUCCAUUAUUCUUCUAAAACCCUCUGGGCAUGACUCCAUUUUGCCACUCCACUGCAUCAAUCCCUAACCCGAACUCUCUCAUGUCUCUCUCCUCCACCCUCCGCCUCUCUUCCUCCCUCCUCCGUCGCUCCCUCGGCCAGUCUCGCCACUUUCGAUUUCCCUUUUCCGACCCACUAUGCCGUCUCCGCCGCUCUGAACCCUCCGGCGCGCGGUUCUUCUCGUCCCGUACUCCCCGCCCCGUCAAGGCCGUCGGUGUUGAUUCCGGGACCAACAAUGGCGGUUUGGUGGUUUCCGGUGACGAUAACAACGGUGGUUCCCGUAUCGUGCCCUUUGAGCUUCACAAGGAGGCUACCGAGUCUUACAUGUCGUAUGCGCUCUCUGUCUUGCUUGGCCGCGCUUUGCCAGAUGUCAGAGACGGUCUGAAGCCAGUCCAUCGGAGAAUCCUCUUCGCCAUGCAUGAAUUGGGGAUGUCGUCCAAAAAACCAUACAAGAAAUGCGCAAGAGUUGUUGGAGAGGUUCUUGGUAAAUUUCACCCGCAUGGAGAUACGGCGGUUUAUGAUGCUCUUGUUCGAAUGGCUCAGAGUUUCUCCUUGAGAUGUCCGCUCAUCCAAGGCCACGGGAAUUUUGGCUCGAUAGAUGCAGAUCCUGCUGCUGCAAUGCGUUACACAGAAUGCAGACUCGACCCACUUGCAGAGGCUGUAUUAUUAGCUGAUCUUGACCAAGAUACGGUUGAUUUUGUGCCCAACUUUGAUAACUCACAAAAAGAACCAGCAGUGUUUCCUGCUCGUCUUCCUGCUUUGUUGUUGAAUGGAGCUUCUGGGAUUGCGGUUGGCAUGGCAACAAAUAUUCCUCCUCACAACCUUGGAGAGUUGGUAGAUGUGCUUUGUGCUUUAAUCCAUAAUCCAGAAGCAUCGCUGCAAGAACUGCUGGAAUACAUGCCUGCACCUGACUUUCCAACUGGAGGAAUAAUAAUGGGAAACCUUGGGGUUUUAGAUGCUUACCGAACUGGCCGAGGCCGUGUUGUAGUUAGAGGAAAAGCUGAAGUUGAACUGCUCGAUCCAAAAACAAAGCGCAAUGCAAUUAUCAUCACAGAGAUUCCUUACCAAACAAACAAAGCUACGCUUGUUCAGAAGAUUGCCGAGCUUGUGGAAAACAAGACACUAGAGGGGAUCAGUGACAUACGUGACGAGAGUGAUCGUAAUGGGAUGCGUGUGGUUAUUGAGCUCAAACGAGGAGGAGAUCCUGCACUUGUGCUAAACAACCUUUACCGGCAUACUGCCCUCCAAUCAAGCUUCAGCUGCAACAUGGUUGGUAUCUGUGAUGGAGAACCCAAGCUAAUGGGCUUAAAAGAAUUACUUCAGGCAUUUAUAGAUUUCAGAUGCUCUGUUGUCGAAAGGCGCGCAAAGUUCAAGCUUUCACAUGCACAACAAAGAAAGCACAUUAUUGAGAUUUCAAAGGGAUUUAACAUAGUCAAAUUUAUUUAUACAGAAUAUGGGCUUUCUGAGAAACAAGCUGAUGCUAUAUUGGAGAUAAGUCUUCGAAGACUAACUGCUCUUGAGCGGAAAAAGUUUACUGAUGAGAGUAGUUCACUGACGGAGCAAAUUACAAAGUUGGACCAGCUACUGUCUAGCAGAACAAACAUUUUAAAGUUAAUCGAACAAGAAGCAAUAGAGCUAAAGGACAAAUUCUACAGUCCCAGGCGUUCAAUGUUGGAAGAUUCUGACAGUGGUGAUCUGGACGAUAUAGAUGUUAUUCCAAAUGAAGAGAUGCUGAUGGCCGUCAGCGAAAAAGGUUAUGUGAAAAGGAUGAAGGCUGAUACGUUCAAUCUUCAGCAUCGUGGAACCAUUGGUAAAUCUGUUGGGAAACUGAGGGUCGAUGAUGCAAUGUCUGACUUUCUUGUUUGUCAUGCACAUGACCACGUCCUCUUCUUCAGUGAUCGGGGUAUAGUUUACUCAACCCGUGCAUAUAAAAUUCCAGAAUGCUCCCGCAAUGCAGCUGGCACACCGUUGGUUCAGAUAUUAUCCAUGUCCGAAGGUGAAAGAGUAACCUCCAUUGUUCCUGUAAGCGAGUUUGCUGAAGACCGCUAUCUCCUGAUGCUUACAGUGAAUGGCUGCAUCAAGAAAGUGUCUUUGAAGUUAUUUUCAGGAAUACGCUCAACUGGAAUCAUAGCAAUUCAAUUGAAUUCUGGCGAUGAACUGAAAUGGGUUCGCUGUUGCUCAAGCGAUGAUCUUGUGGCCAUGGCGUCCCAAAACGGAAUGGUCGUCCUAAGUACAUGUGAUGGUGUUCGAACACUGAGCAGAAAUACGAAGGGAGUGACUGCCAUGAGACUCAGGAGGGAGGAUAAGAUGGCGAGCAUGGACAUCAUACCUGCAUCUCUGCGGAAAGAUAUUGAAGAGAAGUCAGAAGGCACUUCGACUGUAAGCGGGAAGCAAUCUUCUGGUCCAUGGCUAUUAUUCGUGUGUGAGAAUGGCUUCGGAAAGCGUGUUCCUCUGAGUAGCUUCAAGCCUUCGCGUUUGAACAGAGUUGGUUUAAUUGGAUCGAAGUUUGCGGAGGAUGAUCGUUUGGCUGCUGUAUUCGUGGUUGGCUACUCCUUAGCUGAGGAUGGAGAAAGCGACGAACAGGUGGUUCUAGUGAGCCAAAGCGGAACAGUGAACCGGAUCAAAGUCAGGGACAUCUCGAUCCAAUCACGCCGCGCACGGGGAGUGAUUCUUAUGCGACUAGAUCACGCCGGAAAGAUUCAAUCAGCGUCUCUGAUCUCUGCAGCAGAUGAAGAAGAAGAAGAAGAAGGCGAAGGGAUUCCGAGUCUUGAAGAAGCCUCUAGCCUGUAGAUUUUUUAACCAUCCCGAUCCAAUCCGUACAGAGUUUUUCUAGUGCCUUUUGAACUCUUCUCUUCCUAUUUUUGUUUUCCGAUGUUACAACGACAAGAGAAGACCAUGAUUGUAAUCGGUUAUUAACACUAAUCUCCUCGCAUUUUCCGUGGUUUAUUCGAAAAUAUUAAAUUGAAAAGUUAGGAAACAAAUUAUUCUUGAAUUAACCGUGAAUCUAAAUUAUUUUGUUUUGUCUUUCUUAACCGAAUCAAUAGAACAUUUUUACAAAUGGUACGAAGACGUAAGCACCAAACCCCAUGAUCACAAGAGCAGCUGCUCCAACAUUCAGCAACGAAAUGUCGUAUUUCCGACUCUGUUCUUCAUCCAUUCCUCUUCCUCCACGUGCAGCAGGAUCCAUGUCGGUUUCUGAUUCGGGGCUCUUUUCAAGCUUCUCUCUAUCUUCACCUUCCUGGAUUGUUUCUUCUUUCAUUGGAAUUGGAUCACCCAAAUCUACCCUACUAGGUUUCGCGACUUCAGGAUUAUCGUUAAGAUCUCCUGUUUCUUUGACUAAACCGACUUCUUGUAGGUUCCUUUGUUUUACUUUCUCUUGAAUCUCUCCUUCACUUACCUUGUCUCCAGCCAUCUUCUCAUCAUUCUUAUCAUGCUUAUUGCUUAUCACGUUACCAUUAACAUCCCGUGUAGUUCUUUCAACUCCCUCUUCCACUUUUUGCAAAGGCUUUGCUUGGUUCGUCGCAGCAGUUUCCUUGUCUGGUCUUGUGGUCUUAUCACCAACAACAGGCUUUGUGUGUUUCUCCUCUUUUAUUGGUUCCAAGCCAAUCUUUACUUUCGCUUUCAGCUUCCGGCCUAUUUCACCAUCUCCAUUUCUCUCAACCAGUUUCUCUGCUUUAGCAUGUACCUUGGGAUCCAAGCUACCACCAAUGGUUGGCAUUGGCGUUGGCGCUCUAAUAAUUCCUUCCUCCUUCACCCUUUGUCCGGUAAUUUUCUGGCCUAUAUCACCAUCUCUUUUUCUCUCAGUUACUUUCUCUUCUUCUGCAAGUACCUUAGCUUUCAAGCUACCACCAAUGGUCGAUGUACUUCUAGCCUCCUCGUCCUUCAACUUCUGUACAGUAGUCUUUUGCUGACCCAUUUGAGCAGCAUCCUUUCUCUCAACCUCCUUCUCUUCUUUCGUACGUUCCUUACUCCCCAAGCUAGGGUUUGCUUGUCCCUCUUUCACUCUCUGUUCAGACUUCUCUCGACUGCUACCCGCUGGCACUGCUCUCUUACCCACAACGGCUGAUUUAUACGUUUUGGGUUCUUCUAUAUUCGCCAUUGGAGCAGCUUUCUCUUGACCUGUUCCCACUUUUCGCUCAUCCACUGAAGAUUUCUUUCGUCCCAAGCUACUCUCAUUAAGACCAGACCCUCUACUUCCUUCCUGACUAGGCCUCUGUACCGUCUUCCUCUGAUCUUCGACUGCGUUUUCCGGUUUCGCACUUUCUUCGACCACUGGAAACUCGAUCGUCAAGAGUCCAUGUGCGAAGGAGGUGUUCAUUUUUGUCAUAUCACACGACUCAUGGACACGGUAAGCUUCAUUGAAACGAGCCUUGGUCAGAGUCGAGAGCGGUCGCUGGCCUUGAAUCUGGAUAGUCCGUGUACUCUCAUCUUUCUUUAUUUCUAUUUGAUCCCUGUAAAACCCUGGAAGAUUGACAUAGAGGAAAAUGGAAGAUCCAGAGUUACUCCAUUGUACUCUCGGCUUGAAAUUGCUCACCGUCGGAGCCAACGGUGGCGGGUGACGACCACCGCCCGGCCUUGGCCGCUUGUACAUCGCCAUAUGUGUGUAUAUAUCACUAUUUCAGGACAAGAAACUGAGUUUUUUUUUAAGAUUGUUUAAUCAAACUGUGAUGAAACAUAA